CUAGAGUCCAGUGGUGGCGUGCUUUACACCACUGAAUCUGCCGCUUUGCAUUGCACUUGGUGAUGUAAGGCAUGGAUGCAGCUGCUCAACCAUGGACACCCAAUCCAUGAAGCUCUCUAUGCACUGUUGUUGUGCUAAUCUGAAGGCCACAUGAAGGGUUGGAGUUCUCUAGCUAUUGACUCUGCAGACAGUUGGCACUUCUGUGCACUUCAGCAUGCGCUGACCCCGCUCUAUCAUUUUACGUGGCCUACCACUUCGUGGCUGAGUUGCUGUUGUUCCCAGUUGCUUCCACUUUGUUAUAAUACCACUAACAGUUGACCGUGAAAUAUUUAGUAGCAAGGAAAUGUAAUGGACUAAUUGACCCAUUCUUUCACAAAUGUUUGUAGAAGCAGUCUGCUU